AUGCCCACAACCGUAGCCAUCGACGUCGUCCAAAACACCCACUUCCAACUCACGCCCCCAAAUAUAGGGCCCAGAGCAGGACCCAAAAGCAGUGCAGCCAUGUACACCGCAAAUACCCUCCCCCUCUCUCUUCCGCAUCCCGUGUUCCAGAUAAGAAAUACUGCACUCCCGCUUAACAAGACGGGUUUGCGACAAUACACUUCAAGUAAAGGAGCGAAGAUGAGUGGGUCGAAGCUGAUGCCUACUAGAACGAGAGAGUUGCAGGGAAUUCACUUGCAGGGCCUCGUUAUCUAUAAGUCGCCUGAGACUUGGGGUUCCAGAGGAACGAGUAUGGUCUCGGUUAGUGCUUGGAGGGAUAAUAAGGAUGAAGGGAUUAGCGCUGCUGUCCAUUUGUGGGCUCGGGGCCAAUUUCUUUGGGGGUUGAUGGUACAUGACAUGAGCAUGUAG